UAUUUUUUUUCUAUUUUAUGAACUGCUAAUUCCCAAUUUUGUGAAUUUAGGAAAUUUUUGUUUUGAGUUAUCUGAUUAUUUGUUUUGUAAUAGUUUAUGAGAAUUUCAAUUCACAUAAGGUGAAUUUAUGUUAUGCAUCAGAGAGUCAGAGACUGCAGUAAGGGUAAAUUCAUAGAUACAUCAGCAAUUGCAUCUAUUCCUCCUUUGUUUAUGACAGACUUCAACCCGUCUUAAUAAAUGCAAGGUGAUGUAUACAAGCGUAUGAAAUGCAAUGGCUUAAUAAAUAGAGACAAAAGUACCUAGCUAUGAUUGUCAGUAUGACAUGCUAAACCCGUCUUCGAGAAGCAGGUUUUUGUGCUGGUAAAAUACAGUGGUCCAUGGACCAUGGUUGCUAAAAUGAUCUGCAAACAUUAAGAACUGUAAUCAGGUACAGACCUCCGAUAGUAAUAUGACCAUCAUAUAGAUUGCCUACAGAAAGAAUGACUUAACCAAACCCCCCUGGAUUUUUGUUUGUUGUACAUUUCAUUAUUCUUGGAUAAUCUGCUUUUUGUUUGAUGUACAUUUCAUUAGUCAUGAUAUUCAUUGCUGCGUCACUAUAGAAGUGUUAGCUAUGUGUAUUUAUCUUUUCUGAUUGCAAUGAUCGCUGAUGAUUAGCAUAACUAUCAAGAUUGAAAUUGGUUGAGGAGAAUCUGGCUAUUGGAGAUUGUAUUCCAUUAGCAAGAUGACCAAUUUUGUGGGAUUUUUGAAUGCAACAUACUGGUAAUUUCGUCAAAUAACAAAAACAUGAGUCGUAGGUCUGUCAGGAAAUAUAUAUGCAUAGAAAAUAUCUGUUAUGUUCUGAUUUUUGGCUUAUUGGGACCUUUGAGUUGUUUGGUCUAUUUGCAACAAUGAUAUUUUCUUGUUUUACCUACCACCGUCCCUUUACAUUGUUCAAGUUUUGUAAUAAUAGCUUAUAAUUUUCCAUCAUCUAAAUUAGUUUGUAAUUGAUCUUGGGCUAUAAUAGUGAAGUGAGUGAUUGUUUCUAAUGUUUGAUACAAUGUAAUAUAAGAUGACAGAUAGAUGGUCGACUCUACUUGUAUAAUUUUUUUUUAAAAAAAACUAUGUGCGAAUGGUGUCAUGUUGCUUUAUGUUUCUUCAUAUGGGAUGCACUGUAUGAACUAUUGUUUAGUUCAGCUAUUUGAUCAUGCCACUGAUGUGUACUCUUAUUUGAGCAUAAGAUGAUUUCUAGAUCUAGAAACCCAUGUACUUCUGUAUAAGUUGUAAGGAGUUGUACAACCUGUAAAAAAAUCUAAAGUGUGACUUCACUAUUGAUGUUGAUUUUGAAGAUGACGUACUUUUUAUUCCCGCGCAAGAAAGUUUCACUGCUUAUGUCGUUGGUGAAGAUCUCAAGAAUUUGCUUAACAUACAGCUUAUCUAAGUAAAUCAUGUGUACAUAUUUGGAUAAGAUUUUUGCAAAACCAUUGCAAGAUGAACAAAACUCAGGGUGAGAUCGGUUUUUUUUGUCCGAAAAGGCUUUCUAUGGUAACACGUCGAUCUUCGACGUUUACAAGCUAUUUGACUCAUUCCAUAUCCAAGCAAAGUAAGAAGCAAUUUAUAUUCAUCACCUUCCAUCAAAAAUCUCAUUGGAUGUUGAUACUACUUUGCCUUCAAAGAGGAGAAGCUUUCUUGUUCGCUUCAGUAGGAGUUGGAUUAGAUAGCGUGCAAGUAAAAGGACAUAUAUCUAUGAGUUAUCGGACUUGGCAAGCCAACAACAAAGGAUCUCAAAAGUCUCUAAGAUGGAAAGAAAUUAUAUGUUCUCGCGAACCGGAAAUGAGUGAAUGUGGCUAUUACGUCAUGAAGUACAUGUAUCAAAUAGUUUUACUUGGAUUACAAAGUAUUAGUAAUGUGGAAGAGAUAUUUUCUCCAAACCCGUACACUCAAGAGGAGAUCGAUGAUGUCCGAGAAAAAUGGAGUAGAUAUUUUAUUAGUAGUUGUUUGUAGUCAUUUUUUAGUUUUCAGAGAUAGAAAUUAAACUAUAACAAAUGGUUAUUUUUUGGGAUACAAUUAUUUACAAUUGUUGACCCAACUUUCUUGUUUGAAUUAAUACAAAAAUAUUUUCGCAA